CUGUUAGUAGCAGUUGAUACAGCAGCAAGCCAUAAAAUCAAAAAUUGAAUUCAAUCGGCAAUUAGCAUUAAUAUUUUUAAUUUAUUUUAAAAUUUGAUUAAUUACUUUAAAUUUAAUGUAGUAUUAUUAUAGUAAAAUAUCUGAUAGUGACAUAAUUAAAACAAAGUGUUAAAUUUUACUUUUUGUUGAGUAGAAGAAUUAGAAAGAAAUUAAGAUAAAAUUACUAUGAAAUUCUAAUCUUUUAGAACAUUCAUGCUCGAGAUGAAUAAUUACGCCAGAAAGGUUUAAUUAAUGUUGAAAAAAGAAUAAGUAAAAACAAUUUGGGUAUACCAAUUUUAACUUCCUACAAUCUAUAAUAUAUAAUGCGCAGUGUGUGAAAUAUGAAGCAGUAGCUUUCUUUCUAUUAAGAAAAAGUGCACAUAUAUUAAGAUAAUUCUCUGUCUAAGUUUGGAAUAAACUAAACACACACAUAAUGCAGUGCUGCGUGCCGUUCUGCGAAACUAGUUCUGCAUCUGAGAGGAAGGGAAUCACUUUUCACAGGUUUCCCAGUGACACAUGUCUCCGUGCAGCCUGGCACAGAGCCCUCGGCACACAAAACUUGCAACAGCCACUGCCAGAUGCUGCUGUGGUCUGCUCACUGCAUUUCUUGGAUGACCACUUCUAUGAAACAGCCGCUUGUGUAAGGCAGAUUCACACUGAUGCCAUACCUUCGACAGUGCAGAUGUGCAUGAUAUGCCUGGACUCUGACAGCAAGCUGUUUCUAAUGAGUAAACACAAGUUGGAGGAGGCAUAUCAACAGCUGAUUGGAAUGCCUUUGUGUGUGGAAACAAACCUGCAGCACGCCGUGUGUGUGCUGUGUGCUCAGAGAUUGAGUAACUUCAGCAGACUGAGGGACUUGAGCUUGAGAGCUCGCUCACUGAUGAUGGACUUGAUACAGAAAUAUGGCCUAAUCACAAUGCAACACGUGAAUGUGAUAAAGCAAACUAUGAAACAUUUAAACUAUAAUUUAGUGUCGACAGCAUCAGAGCCUGACCACUGUAACUUGUACAUAUAUCAGUGUGACGAGCAAACGCCAGAAGAUAAUGUCAAUAAAAAUGUUCCUACAGAUGUCAGUAUAGGUACCUGGGACAUACCAAUAUUUGAUACUGUGGCAGUGAAACGUGAAAUUGAUCAAGACAAUGUCAACGAUGACAUAUAUCAGUGUGAGGAAAAACUGCCACCAGAUGAUUCUGUUGAUAGAAAUGUUGCUACGGUUGUCAGAAAAGGAACUAGCAAUACACCAAUAUUUGAUACUGUCAAAGUGAAACGUGAAUGUGAUCAAGACAAUGUCAACAAUGAUCUUGGAAAUGACAUAUAUCAGUGUGAGGAACAACUGCCACCAGAUGAUUCUGUCGAUAAAAAUGUUGCUACGGUUGUCAGAAAAGGACCUUGCAAUAUACCAAUAUUUGAUACUGUCAAAGUGAAACGUGAAAUUGAUCAAGACAAUAUCAACAAUGUAAAUGACAUAUAUCAGUGUGAGGAACGAUUGCCACCGGACAAUUCUGUCAAUAGAAAUGUUGAUACAUAUGUCAAAAAAGGAACUUGGGAUAUACCAAUAUUUGAUACUGUUGUAGUAAAACAUGAAAUUGAUCAAGACAAUAUCAACAAUAAAGACUCAGACAUAACUAUGGAAAUGGAUACAUUUAAUACGGAUAAAUGCAAUGUUAUUGAUACAAGAGUAUCAUAUUCUGUGCCCGAGCAAAUGAGUGAUACAAAUAUAAAGUGUGAAAGUGAAACGUUCACAUGUGCACAGUGUUUUAAAGAAUUUGAUCAAGAGGAUGAGUAUUAUGAACACUUGCGGAUGAAUGUUCAGGAUGACGAUAACGAGGACACUGAUUCAGUGCAAGCGUGCCGACCUCGGGCUACGAAGAGCUGGGAGUCCUACCUUCAUAUGGGUUCACUAUUACAAAUAACCAGUGACGUGGUGGAACAUGACGAUGAUCAAAUGGAAGAUGAUGAUGAUGAAAACCCCCCUACAGACCAUGUACGGAACCCGAGGAAAAAUAAUGGUGUUAGGUUGGAUAAAGGCUCAAAAACCACAGCAGAACGAGAGGAGCUGAUGACGUCACAGGGUCAACAAAAGAAACAGGCGAAAACUGUAGCCGAACGUAUGCGAGAGUACCGGCUGAGGAAAAAACAUGGGUUGAGCGAAGGCCCAAAAACAUCAUCAGAACGCGGCCGAGAGUUCAGAUCGCGGAGGGCGAUGCUCAAACAGCACCAAGAAGUUGUGGAAAUUGGUGAAGACAUCAAAAGUGCGGAAGUGAGGAAAAUGGAGAAGAGGGCGAAGUCUGCGGAGGCGACGCGCCGCUGCAGGGAGAAGAAGAACGCGUUGAUGGGACAUCAGAAGAAACGACCCAAGACUGUGGCGGAGCGCAUGCGGGAGUACAGGGCGAGGAAGAAAUUAGAAAAACAAGAAAUGCUGAGAGCGAACGCUGCGUGUUCGAGCGACGACUCGGCGCAUUCGGUAACUCCGCUGUCCGCUGUUGACACUGAAGACAUAGAAGACGGGUCAUCACAUACGUCAUAUGUGUGAUAUUUACAAGAAAAACACUGUGAUAAAUGAAGUUUUUUUAUUCUUCACAUGUUAGCACUUUACCAGUUGCGUACCGUGCCUCGGAGGGGCCCUGUAACAACAUUAGUUGAUAAUGGGGCCCUGUAUCAACUUUAGUUGAUAUUGGGGCUCUGUAUCAACAUUAGUUGAUAUUGGGGCCCUGUAUCAACAUUAGUUGAUAUUUGAGCCCUGUAUCAACAUUAGUUGAUAUUGGGGCCCUGUAUCAACACUAGUUGACAUUGGGGCCCUGUAUCAACUUUAGUUGAUAUUGGGGACCUGUAUCAACACUAGUUGAUAUUGGGGCCCUGUGUCAACAUUAGUUGAUAUUGGGGCCCUGUAUCAACAUUAGUUGAUAUUGGGGCCCUUUACCAAUAUUACUUGGGGUACCCUUAUUAGAAACGAGAGAAACGAAAAUUCUCGCAUACAAUAAACUAGCUUUCACGACUACUAGCUGAAACUAGCGCGGUUUUACCCGCGUAGUUCCCGUUCCCGUAGGAAUACGGGGAUAAUAUAUAUCCUAUAGCCUUCCUCGAUAAUUGGGCUAUCUAACACUGAAAGAAUUUUUCAAAUCGGACCAGUAGUUCCUGAGAUUAGCGCGUUCAACCAAACUCAUCGGCUUUAUAAUAUUAGUUUUAAAGUAAAGAUUUGAUUGUUGGAAACAAUGCUUAUACACAACAAGUACGGCUAUAGUAUUUUGAUUUGAAUUAAGUUUAAUUUAUUGGUUUAAUGUUAAACUGCUUUUUAGAUGAUUUAAUGAAGUUUGUUUUAAAAAUGUUUUUUAUUCAUCAUUAUCAACCCAUAUUUGGCUCACUGCUGAGCUUGAGUCUCCUCUCAGAAUGAGAGGGGUUAGGCCAAUAGUCCACCACGCUGGCUGGUAAAAUAUAUUCUUCAUACUAGUUAUAGUAUACUUUUCAUCACGCUACGAUCAAUAGGAGCAGAGCAGUGAAGGGAAAUGUUGGGAAAACGGGAGAAGUUACUCUAUUUUUUAAGCUUCCGUCGCGUGGUACGGUAGGUUUUUUUUUUUUUUUUUUAUUCUUUACAAGUUAGCCCUUGACUACAAUCUCACCUGAUGGUAAGUGAUGAUGCAGUCUAAGAUGGAAGCGGGCUAACUUGUCUGGAGGAGGAUGAAAAUCCACACCCCUUUCGGUUUCUACACGACAUCGUACCGGAACGCUAAAUCGCUUGGCGAUACGUCUUUGCCGGUAGGGUGGUAACUAGCCACGGUAGAAGCCUCCCACCAGCCAGACCUGAACCAAUUAAGAAACUCUCAACUGCCCAGCCGGAGAUCGACCCCAGGACCUCCGUUUUGUAAAUCCACCUCGCAUACCACUGCGCCACGGAGGCCGUAAAAAGGUAUAGGAGUAGGGUAGGUGUAGGGUUGAGUCCCUUCUCAUAGCCUGUAUGGUAGGGUACCUGUAGAGUCCUAAAAUGCAUACAACUGAAAAGUUGGAGGUGCAUGCUCCGGACCGAAUUCGAACCCACACCCACCGGAAUCGGAGGCAGAGGUCAUAUCCACUGGACUAUCACGGCUCUCUAUUUUUCAUUAGUCAUCGUUAUUUAAACGGCCUACAAGAAGACUUUAUCCGAGAGCUGGUGGAUGUUUUUAUUUUGAAGCUAGUUAAAAGCUUGUCCUGUAACCCUCCUUAUCCUGUCUCUCGAACAUAGAGACCUUUGUAGGGAGUAGUGAGGAUAAAUCUUUGGUUCCCGCGGGAUUUGUGAAAAACUGAAUUCCACGCGGUCGAGGUCACGGGCGUCUGCUAGUAUGGUAAAAAUCGUGAAAAAAUAUAGUACGCAACCUCCUUAAAUAAUUGAGAAGAAAUUACAAUGUUGACUGAAAAUAAGAAAUAUGCUGUUCUCAUAGAUCUUCUUCAAUGAUUUUUGAAAAAAAUAACAUAAUAAGGAUGAUGACAGUUUUUUAAUUGUAUAUAAAUUAAGAGUACGCUAAUAGUAAAGCAAUUUUGUAAAAGUAACAGGGUAUCUGCGAUCAUUACUUUCGCAGCUACAGGGAUUUAAAGGGUCAGAUUUGCGGCGCUGCCGCGGAUCCCUGAAAAACGCCCCAUACAAAAUGCUACGAACUAAUGACGUCGUAGGCACUUAACUCAGACCAAUUAUAGAAGGACCUGUAUCGUACUCAUAGUCACGAACAAAAUUGUCUGUAAUUUUCUGAAGAAAACGAGCUUAGAUUUGGUAUAUAUCUUAUACUAAACUAGAAGUUUUUGCCCGUUUUUUACAUAAUUCGAUUACACAAAAAGGUAUUUUUACGGAGCUCUUUAACCGACGAACACGAUUACAACUAUUUAACAUCGAUACUAUAGAGACAGUUUUUAUAAUCGCAUUAGAUCGUUGAUCAUAUACUUUGACAGAAAAGUAACGUCUAGCGAGGCAGGUCC